AUGGUGACUCCACCACGUUCCAGGCUGAAGAAGUUAGAUGAAGACAGUUUAACCAAACAACCUGAAGAAGUGUUUGACGUGUUGGAGAAGCUUGGAGAAGGUUCCUAUGGCAGUGUGUUCAAAGCCAUUCAUAAAGAAACGGGUCAAGUUGUUGCAAUCAAACAAGUUCCUGUGGAAUCUGAUCUGCAAGAGAUUAUAAAGGAAAUCUCCAUAAUGCAGCAAUGUGACAGUCCUCACGUGGUGAAAUACUACGGGAGCUACUUUAAGAACACAGACCUGUGGAUAGUCAUGGAGUACUGCGGCGCCGGCUCUGUGUCCGAUAUCAUCCGGCUGCGCAACAAAACACUCACAGAGGAAGAAAUUGCUACAAUAGUGAAAUCAACGCUGAAAGGACUAGAGUACCUGCAUUUUAUGAGGAAAAUACACAGGGACAUCAAAGCUGGAAAUAUAUUGCUGAAUACAGAGGGGCAUGCUAAACUGGCAGAUUUUGGAGUGGCUGGACAACUUACAGACACUAUGGCAAAGCGGAACACAGUUAUAGGGACCCCAUUUUGGAUGGCCCCAGAAGUGAUUCAAGAGAUUGGGUAUAAUUGUGUUGCAGACAUCUGGUCUCUGGGAAUCACUGCCAUAGAAAUGGCUGAAGGCAAACCACCGUAUGCUGAUAUCCAUCCUAUGAGGGCAAUUUUCAUGAUUCCUACCAAUCCACCUCCAACGUUCCGAAAACCAGACCUCUGGUCAGACAGUUUCACAGACUUUGUAGAACAGUGUCUUGUGAAGAGCCCGGAGCAGCGUGCCACAGCAACACAGCUUCUGCAGCAUCCAUUUGUUAAAAGUGCCAAAGGAGUGUCAGUCCUGCGAGACUUGAUUAACGAAGCAAUGGAGAUCAAGCUGAAACGUCAGGAGGCUCAACAGUCUGAACUGGAUCAAGAAGAUGAAGAAAAUUCAGAAGAAGAUGAAACUGAUUCAGGUACCAUGGUGAGGGCGAGUGGAGAUGAAACUGGUACCAUAAGAGCUGUCAACACAAUGACUGAUGGAGCCAACACAAUGAUAGAACAUGAUGGCACCUUGGAGUCCCAGUUGGGUACAAUGGUCAUAAACACAGAAGAAGAAGAGGAGGAGGGCACCAUGAAAAGGAGGGAUGAAACGAUGCAGCCAGCCAAACCAUCAUUCCUGGAAUAUUUUGAGCAGAAGGAGAAGGAGAAUCAAAUCAAUAGCUUUGGGAAGAAUGUGUCUGGCCAGACAAAAAAUUCAUCUGAUUGGAAAGUACCACAGGAUGGAGACUACGGAUUUCUGAAGACUUGGAGUGUGGAUGAACUUCAGAGGAGGCUCUCAGCCCUGGACCCCAUGAUGGAGCAGGAGAUUGAAGAAAUCCGCCAGAAGUACCAGUCGAAGCGACAGCCAAUCCUCGACGCCAUCGAAGCCAAGAAGCGACGGCAGCAGAACUUCUGA